AUGGAACGAUAUUACAAGCGAAAAUCAUCAUCGAUUAGUUCGGACAAUCAUAUUCCAAAUAGUUCAUCUCCAAACUUGGAUAGUUCCAAUCCUAUUCCAAACAGUUCCCGUCCAAUUCCAAGUAGUUCUAAUCCAAUUGGGGGUAAUUCCACUCCACAACAAAAUGAGUUAAAAGUUGAUUUGGAUAAUCUUGAGAGAGACCCCGGAAAGAGAAUUCCAAUGAAGGAUUAUCCUCCAGAUAUUCGAGAUGAGGUCCGAAGAGCAUAUAUAUUAAUGGAGCCUUUUAGAGCUAAAGAUCAUGAUUUUCCAUUCACUUUGCAUUCGAAUAAAAAGCGACGGUUCGUUGAUAAUUGGUUAAAGGAAUUUCAUUGGUUGGAAUAUAGUAUAUCUAAAGAUGCUGCAUUUUGCUUUUAUUGCUAUCUAUUCAAAGUCAACUUUGAACAAUCAGGCAGUGACGUCUUUACUGAGGUAGGCUUUCAAAAUUGGAAGCAUGCAAGAGCCUGUUUUAAAAAACAUGUGGGAAUGGUUGGUAGCUUUCACAAUAAAGCUGUUGAAGCUGCUGGUAAUCUAAUGAAUCAAAAGACACAUAUUGAAACAGUUUUGGUCAAACAGUCAGAAGAAGCUCGUAUGGCUUAUCGCACUUGCUUGAAUGCGUCAAUUGAUUGCACUAAGUUUUUGUUGCGACAAGGUCCUUCAUUUCGUGGUCAUGAUGAAAGUGACACUUCAAACAAUAGAGGUAACUAUUUGGAGCUCUUGCAAUUCCUUGCGGAUCACAUAAAGCUCCGGGAAAUCUCAAGCUAA